AGUUCAAACGAUGAUCAUAGGAGGAACUAACAAGAGUUCAAGACAAGGAACGGCAUUGAUCAUGAUCAAGGUGACGAGUGAGAGCAGUCAUUUGACAUUGAAAUCAGGUUCAUUCGUUGGAUCUUGAGCCAGUAAUGACCAUUGACCAACAUAUAGUGUUUCGUCGAAAGCAAGGUGCGAAGUGAUGCCAAGUGUUGCAUGUUGUGUCUGACCAAAAUUGAAGAUUUUUAGGUAUUUUGCUGAAGUCAAAAAUGAACCACCUGAAGUCAAGUCGUGUUGAAAAACAACACCAAGUACCAAAAGGUUAUGAUAGUUCGUGUUUUUUGCAUGUAGAACAAGUUGACAAAAUAUAUGACAUUAGAUUGAGAAGUAAGAAAUUUGAAAAUAAGUCAAAGUCAACUGAAGAAUUCGUGUAUCAUUAUUGCCUCUCCGAAGUGGGACCGAAGUGGGACUCUACACUUCCACUCUCGUGACGUCGCUGCACCUUGCAUCCUGACUCGAUCGAGAUCCCUGAACUUAGAACGUGGAACUUGAGACAAAAAUACCAAAGCAACGGCACUAGACAAAAAUACCAUAAUUUUCAUCCGCAAAGUAAGGAUUGAAGAAGAAGUGUCUGUACGAGUGACG